UCUGAAAAACCACCUGAUGGAGGACAAGAUCACCAUCCAGAAGCUGCGAGAGGAUAACGAUCUGUAUAGGAAAGACUGUAAUCUGGCAGCUCAACUGCUCCAGUGUGGAAAAUCUCCUUACAGAGCGCACAAACUCUCCGAGCUUCCCGCUGAUCUUCAGGAGCGAGUGAGCUCCCACAUGGAGCGGCAGGGUCACGGCCGGAGCGCAGCACUGCAUCACUCCUUCUCAGACGCUGUUCCCACCGCCGUCAUCGGCCGGGUCCUGGAGAAACCGGAGCCUGGGAGAAGCUGUCCGGUCACACGCUCGCCGAGCCCGCAAGCCCCAGAAUUCCCAUCCGGCACGGACAACAAAGUCCAGCGACACACGGCGUAUAAGUCGUCUGACCUGUACUGCAGCGACACGGCGCUGUACUGUCCCGCCGAUGAGCGGCGGCGCGACCGCUGGACGGAGAGACGGCAGAGUGCGGACCAGAGCGGACGGAUCCGAGGACACACGUCCACCGACAGCAACCUGGACGACAAGAGCUUCCCUCUGCAUGAAGACCCUUUCCGUGGGUUCAUCUUCGGAUCUCUUCCCGCCUCCAGCUGCAGCACGGCCUCGGAUGAGAAGCUUCACGGUUCGUCUUUGUGCACAGACUGGCGCGAUGGAGACUAUGAGCGCAAGAACUUAUCCUCAUAUGGAAAGGAACGUCCAGGUUUCCCCAAGUCAAGCAGCUCCCAGCAUGUGGGCUCACAGAACGGCCGAUCCGGAGACAGACGCGUCCUCGUCCCUGCGGACCCGACGGAUGGCUGGCGGCAGAUGAGCAUCGAGGACAUCAGCAGCUUCUCGCCCUUCAGUUUCCCAGAGCGCCACUUCACGGCCGGUCCAGCCAAGAUCAAACCAGGUCCUCUUUACAGCAGCUUCCAGGAGGAAGACAACGUCUUCCGCAGGCGCGUGCCAGAUCCACGAUUCCCUGCGUCGGCGGGAUCGAGUCCUGCGCUGAACCCAAAGACGAGUCUGAAUGCACUGAAGGCCGAGAGAGGACUGAUGUUUGGCUCAAAGGGUUCGACAAGCAGCUUUUUCAUGACUGGAAACGCCAAAGACAAGGAGAACGUGACUAAAGACGCUUUACAGAGAGAUCACGCUGAUGAAAGUCCCGGCAGUUCAGCGGAGUCACUGAACCAUGAUCUGGACGUCCAGAAAUACAAAGAUCUUAAAAACCCCGGAGCUCAGAAGAUGACGCAACAGCAUCAAAAGUUUGGAAACGCUGGACUCAGUCGCAAAAACAGUCUGACUAAAGCUCAGCUUUAUGGAACGCUGCUUAACUAACAGUCAGUAAAACGUACUGCAGCAAAAUAAAGAACAAUAUGUGAACAUGUUUGCAAACCAUUUGACUGUUGUCAUGUUGAGUUUUACUGGAUAGUGGAAAGAGUCUUGGUUGAUUUUACAUCUGAAGUGUGUGUUUCCAAAGACUUGUACUGUCUCUUCCGCCCCUCAUCUGUCAUUGGUCGUUCAGACAGAUUGUCCCGCCCCAAACUCAUCUGAUUGGUUGAGUCAGAAGUUGACAUUUUGGGCCACUCAAACAAACAGGUCUAUGCUGUUUACAUACAUACAGAGAAUUUACACAGUGGAUUACUGUCACAAUAACAGCAGCAUCAAAGGAAAAAAACUGCAAUUAACCAAAUAAAUUAUCCAGGGAAAACCUUAAAAUUAAUUAACAAGUCGCCUUAUU